AUGGCCAACUCGCUCCGACCCACCCCGCUCUCCUUCGAUUCGGGACGUCAGUCGCCCUUCAAGCGACAGAACAGCGCGUCCCCAGCAACGGUACGAGCGACGACACCAACGCAGUCACCGACCAAGCCCAAUGGCAGCCUGUCGCCAACGAAGGUUGGCUCAUUAUCCCCCGAAAAAGCGAGCCCAUUUGUUCGACGCCCAUCGCAGAUCAGCCAGACAUCAGAGCGACCAACAAGUCCAUUCGCACGCCCAUCAAGCAGUCUGAGCAUCCCAGCAUCGCCAUCAAGGCAGAGCAGUCGGACAAGCAAUACGGAAGAAGUCGCCCCUCCGUCGCCGCGCACCACAGCAUCACCAGAAGAGGAAGAGCCCAUACGCACACCAUCUGGCGCAACACCUCGCGCUGCACCUAGCCCAUCGCCCUUCGAUGGCCCGGCUCCAGACUCGCCGUCACGCAAUGUUCCGUCUCAAGCCAAUCUUCGUCCGACUUUCCAGCGCACAGUCACGUCUUCCACAACCUCCACAGUCAAGCCGCUCAACUUUGGGAACACGAAUGCCGCGCCAGCUCCGAAGCCCGCAAGACUGCCAACUAAGUCGAAUAGCACGGCCUACAAGAACGUCCCACAUACUCUUCUCCACAGCAUGCGCGAAUCCUUCGAAGUGCUAGACCCCAACAGCACCAAUACCAUAACUUCCGCGGAAGUCAGCUCGAUGUUGGAUCAGAUGGGCAUGUCUUCCAGGCCUGCGGACCUCUGCGACUUUUUCCCGCCCAACGCACCCUCCAAUCUCAACUUGGCGCGAUAUUUGGAUAUGCUGUCCGCACCACUUGCAGAGCUCUCGCCGCCUGAUGAGCUGAAGGCGGCAUUUGAGGCAUUCGAUGUAGAUGACAGUGGGCAGAUCGACGUGACGGAGCUGAGGAGGGCUUUGUUGAAUACUGCACCCGAGCCUGGAGAGGAGGUCAUUGAUCUUAGUGAGAGGGAAGUCGAUUCGGUGAUAGGAGAGUUCGUGGGCAGAAGGGCGUUUGGGGCAAAGGGCAUGAAUGCUGCGAAAGGAAAGGGUGAGGUGUUCAGGUGGAGGGAGUUUAUGGGCGCUGUGACCGGUGGCGGGGCUGGAGAGGCGGAUGGUAGGGAGGGUGUAACGGCUGCUUGA